GCAUCGGAAUGGUAAAAGCAGAAUGUGCAUGGAGGACCCGGGUACGAUGCGGAGUAGUUGAAGUUGAUGAAGAGAUUACUGGCUAUAAAACACUCACACUUCAACUUGUGUGUCGUAAAUUAAAGUGUAAUCAGGUCUCCAUUAGCCCCGGGACAGGUCAGAGUCGACUGAUGGAAAUAGAGAAGAGGAAAAAGGGGAAAUCUCUUCGCGCAAGCAGAAGCGCCAUGCACUGGCGGAGCAACAUUUAACGCGUCUUUUCUGGGCUGAAAUGUAGUUUAAUGUUUGAUCGUUUUAAUGGACCAUGUAGUAAGUGUUUGUGCUUGCAUGUAGUAUGAUAUUGAGUCCGAUAUGUCUAAUGUGACGCCGAGUAAAAGCGUGGAAUGGCUGCAACUCGAGUUGGAGUCCGGAGGCACUUCUCUGCUCCUGCUGGACUGCCGUUCACAUGAGCUUUAUGAAUCAUCGCACAUAGAGACGGCCAUAAACCUGGCCAUACCGGGGCUGAUGCUCCGGAGGUUCAAAAAGGGCAACAUACCCAUCCGGACUAUCAUCCCCAACCACGAGGAUAAAGAGAAGUUCAUAAGACGGUGCAAGACGGACACGGUGGUCCUGUACGAUGAGAGCACCGUGGACUGGCAGGACAGCGGAGCUCCAGCCUCGGUUUUAAGUCUCCUUCUGCAAAAACUAUGGGAAGACGGCUGUAAAGCGUAUUACCUGGAAGGUGGAUUUGUAAAGUUCCACACAGAGUACCCAGAGCACUGUGAGACGCUCCUUGACAGCUCCUGUCCCAGCUCCUCUCCUCCGCUCUCCGUCCUUGGGUUUGGAAAUCUCCGGAUCAGCUCAGAUUGUUCGGAUGGGGAGUCGGAUCGAGAGCCGAGCAGUGCCACAGAGUCCGAGGAGAGCCCUAUACCCAGUAAUCAGCCCGCCUUCCCCGUCCAGAUCCUCCCCUACCUUUACCUGGGCUGCGCCAAAGACUCCACCAACCUAGACGUGCUAGGCCAGUACAACAUUAAGUACAUCCUGAACGUCACACCCAAUCUCCCCAACAUGUUUGAGCACGACGGCCACUUCAGGUACAAACAGAUCCCGAUUUCGGACCACUGGAGUCAGAACCUGUCCCAGUUUUUCCCAGAGGCCAUAUCAUUUAUAGAUGAGGCUCGCUCUAAGCAGUGUGGCAUCCUGGUGCACUGCCUGGCUGGCAUCAGUCGCUCAGUCACAGUCACUGUGGCCUACCUGAUGCAGAGACUCAACCUCUCCCUCAACGACGCUUAUGACUUUGUCAAGAGGAAGAAGUCCAACAUUUCCCCCAACUUCAACUUCAUGGGUCAGCUCCUGGACUUUGAGAGGACACUGGGGCUGCACAGUCCCUGCGAUAACCGCUCCACCAGUGAGGAGCAGCUCUUCUUCACCACACCGACCAAUCACAACGUUUUCCAGCUGGACACGCUGGAGUCGACAUGAGGAUCGAUUGGGCAGCCUUUUUGUCAUUUCCUCUGAGGUUUUUUCGGAGUCAGAUGUCAGAUGCCUAACUAGCUGACACAAGCAGUAAGUCAGUUACAGUAUUUCUGCACCAAAAUAAACUACAUCGAUCUGUUCCAACAUGGGGAACAUGACCCAUUAGAUCCCAGCCUGCCUUAAUUUCUAACACAAGGAUGACCUUUGCUACCCAUCAUACAUGGCAUUAAUCAGUGGUCAUGUGCGACCAUAAUAGCAGGACAUUUCAUAACUUUUCUAUUAAAAUCUAGAAUUGUUGUUUGACUGUUAUUUGUUAUUCACCAGCUGUAAAGACUGUUAAUGUAUUUCUUUGUGUGAGUUUUGAUUAUUGCCUUGAUGGUCUAAAAGGAGUCUUUGGCCAAUCAGAAUGUUUUCUGGGGACCAAUCCGAGAUGGUACUCUAGCUGAGGGAAAUAAGCUACUUCAGUGAUCCGGCCUUGAAUUAUUGUCCAGUUUUUUUCUUCUGAUGACUGUUUGCAGCUCAGAGUUAGGGCAAAAAGCAUUUUUUUUCUUGUACCUUUACUCAGAAUACCUUCACUAAUGUCUGGUAAACACCAUGAUGUUAAAUAGUUAUUCUUCAAAUACAAGAUCAAGUGGCACCUUUGUGUUCAAAUAUUGUAUUUUUCUCCAGAAACUCCCCUGUACAUUCUAUUGCUUAUAACUGCAUUAUUUGCAUGUGAUUAUGUUCUACCAAGGACCUUGUUUUGUAACCUCUCUAGGUCAUAUUUCCCUUGUUGUUGAGGCCUUGAGCAUAACUUAACAUGAAAUUGAACUAUAUGUCAGUUACCAUGUGGAGGUAUAGUGUAUAGGACUUGCUUUUGCCACGAUUGAAAGGAACAAAUAUGUAAAAGUCAUCAGUGUAUAAAGGAAUGGAUGUUCAACUUAUUUUUUACUCCUACAGUCUUCAGUCUGCAGCUACUCCUUCCGUGGCACAAUAAUGUUAAGGGAAGCAUGAUGUGUAAUUAGCUGUUCUCUAUUGCCAGUCUCGUCUCAGAACAAAUGAGUGACUUUGAUGUAUGAGAGGGAAUGAAAGGAAAUGAGUUUGACAAAUGUGUUCUUACCUCACAGAGAGACAUUUUCAGGGAUUUUUAUACAAGUCAUCUGUAUCUCGUCAUGGCCUCUUAAAGUGCAUCCAAGGGCUGUUUCGUUUGGUAUGUUUGUAAAGAUGUACAUAAAAUGCAGUCAUAGGGGACAUUUUCUUAAAAUCAUGAAGGAUGCGAAAGUGACCCUAUUUUUACCCUAAUGUAUAGUAUAUGUAAAGCGAAAUGUCCAAGACAUUCUGUACAAGUUUAUACAACAAAUAUAUUGUAUAUUUUUACUUGAAUACUUUUUAUUGGUCUUUCUUCAUUUUUUUAGUGAAGGUUCAUAGCACAUUUUCCAAAACAAGUGUUUGUGUGGUUGAGUCAGUCAGAGACUUGUGGCUCUGGUCUGUCCUGUCCCGAGGCUCUAGGUGUGGUCAGAUGUCCGCUUUCUGUCCCCUCUGAUGCCGAGCUUCCUGUUUCUUACAGGCUUUCUGACACAAAGACGAGUG